CUGGGGUGGGUAUCCACAGGGCUAAGGUUACCAUGGUAUGUUAAGGGCUGCCGGGGCAGGACUAUAUAACCCCAGAAGAACUGCUCCAAGCACAUUCUCUCCCUUUUUCCAUCUGAAGCUACUGCCUUGCCCCCAGGAGAUCUAAGACAUGGCACCCAAGAAGGCCAAGAGAAGGGCAGGAGCAGAAGGGAGCUCCAAUGUCUUCUCCAUGUUUGACCAGACUCAGAUCCAGGAGUUCAAGGAGGCAUUCACUGUAAUUGAUCAGAACAGGGAUGGCAUUAUCGACAAGGAGGACCUUCGGGACACCUUUGCGGCCAUGGGCCGUCUCAAUGUGAAGAAUGAGGAACUCGACGCUAUGAUGAAGGAAGCCAGUGGGCCCAUCAACUUCACUGUCUUCCUGACCAUGUUUGGGGAAAAGCUUAAAGGUGCGGACCCUGAGGAUGUGAUCACGGGAGCCUUCAAGGUCCUGGACCCAGAAGGGAAGGGCACCAUCAAAAAGCAGUUCUUGGAGGAGCUGCUUACCACGCAGUGUGACCGAUUUUCCCAGGAGGAGAUCAAGAACAUGUGGGCAGCCUUCCCCCCAGAUGUGGGCGGCAACGUGGACUACAAGAACAUCUGCUAUGUCAUCACACACGGUGACGCUAAGGACCAGGAGUAGGGGACCCAAGGUCUCAGAAGACCUAGAUAGGCUUGUAGCCUCUCCAAAUCUCACCCUGACCCACCAAUAAAACUCAACUGGUCUUUGUUUCUUA